AUGAGCGAGCAGCAAGAAGAGUCUAUUCAUUCAAGUAGUGUUGACGAAGUUAGCGUGCAACAGUAUGAUGUUGAUAUUACCACGCGAUCUGGGGAUCAGGGAAUGAGUUGUCUCUAUAAUGGAAAGCGUUUCCCUAAAUCUGAUAUCCAUUUUGAAGUGUUGGGGACACUCGACGAAUGUAACAGUUUUAUAGGAUUAUCUCGUGAGUUUAUGACUGACUCAUGUUCUCUUUUGGACAGUUAUUUGGAAAAUGUUCAAUGUUUACUCUUUGAUGUUUGUGCUGCCGUUGCUACUCCACUUAGUCAAUCGAGGGAGCGUCAAGUGAAUAAAACUCAUUUUUCAGAAUCCCAUGUACAAGAGUUGGAAAAGUGGUCCUACUUAUUGGACAGAGAGUUACCAAAGCAAGAUUCGUUCAUUUUGCCUUCAGGAGGCAAAGCGGCAAGUCAUUUGCAUGUCUCGAGAGCAAUUUGCAGAAGAGCCGAGAGAUCGCUGAGCAUGCUUUUGCAGAACAAGGAUGUUAGUACCUCGGUAUAUCAGUUUGUGAAUCGUCUCAGCGAUUUCCUUUAUAUUGCAGCUCGCUACGCAUCAAUGAAAGAGGGGACGGAGCCAAAAAAGUGGCAUAAGUGUGAAUAA